AUGCCUGCUAAUUGGACUGCUGGCUCUGCCUGUCGUCGCAAGGCUCCAGCACCCGCUCCUCCUCCUUCAGAUCUCCUGACUACAAAUGUAUCUUCUCAGCCUGAGAUCAGCAUUUCUACAAGCUCAGGAACUCUCCAGAGUAUUACCUCAUUGAUGACCGGCUCUGGCCCACUAGCUGAGGCAAAAGCUGUUGGCGCAAAGAUUCCAAGUUUUGUCGAACCAACAAGCAGAUAG